AUGGUGUCCAAGCUCACGUCGCUCCAGCAAGAACUCCUGAGCGCCCUGCUGAGCUCCGGCGUCUCCAAGGAGGUGCUGGUCCAGGCCCUGGAGGAACUGCUGCCGUCGCCGCCGAGCUUCGGGGUGAAGCUGGAGACCCUGCCCCUGUCCCCCGGAAGCGGCGCCGAACCCGACACCAAGCCGGUCUUCCACACGUUAACCAACGGCCACGCCGCCAAGGGCCGCCUGUCCGGGGACGAGGGCUCCGAGGACGGGGACGACUAUGACACCCCCCCCAUCCUCAAGGAGCUGCAGGCGCUCAACACGGAGGAGGCGGUGGAGCAGCGGGCGGAGGUGGACCGGAUGCUCAGUGAGGACCCCUGGAGGGCUGCCAAGAUGAUCAAGGGCUACAUGCAGCAGCACAACAUCCCCCAGAGGGAGGUGGUCGAUGUCACGGGCCUGAACCAGUCGCACCUCUCACAGCACCUCAACAAGGGCACCCCUAUGAAGACCCAGAAGCGCGCCGCCCUGUACACCUGGUACGUCCGAAAGCAGCGCGAGAUCCUCCGACAAUUCAACCAGACAGUCCAGAGUUCUGGAAAUAUGACAGACAAAAGCAGUCAGGAUCAGCUGCUGUUUCUCUUUCCAGAGUUCAGUCAACAGAGCCAGGGGCCUGGGCAGUCCGAUGAUGCCUGCUCUGAGCCCCCCAACAAGAAGAUGCGUCGCAACCGGUUCAAAUGGGGGCCCGCAUCCCAACAAAUCUUGUACCAGGCCUACGAUCGGCAAAAGAACCCCAGCAAGGAAGAGAGGGAAGCCUUAGUGGAGGAGUGCAACAGGGCGGAAUGUUUGCAGCGAGGCGUCUCCCCCUCCAAAGCCCACGGCCUGGGCUCCAACCUGGUCACCGAGGUUCGCGUCUACAACUGGUUUGCCAACCGCAGGAAAGAGGAAGCGUUCCGGCAGAAGCUGGCCAUGGAUGCCUACAGCUCCAACCAGACGCACAGCCUGAACCCCCUGCUCUCCCACGGCUCCCCCCACCACCAGCCCAGUGCCUCUCCGCCCAACAAGCUGUCAGGAGUGCGCUACAGCCAACAGGGAAACAAUGAGGUCACUUCCUCCUCUACAAUCAGUCACCAUGGCAACAGCGCCAUGGUGACCAGCCAGUCUGUUUUACAGCAAGUCUCUCCAGCCAGCUUGGACCCAGGCCACAAUCUCCUCUCACCUGAUGGUAAAAUGCAGAUCUCCGUCUCAGGAGGUGGUUUGCCCCCCGUCAGCACCUUGACGAAUAUCCACAGCCUGUCCCACCAUAACCCCCAGCAAUCUCAAAACCUCAUCAUGACACCCCUCUCUGGAGUCAUGGCCAUUGCACAAAGCCUCAACACCUCCCAAGCGCAGAGCGUCCCCGUCAUCAACAGCGUGGCCGGCAACCUGGCAGCCCUGCAGCCGGUGCAGUUCUCCCAGCAGCUGCACAGCCCCCACCAGCAGCCCCUCAUGCAGCAGAGCCCAGGCAGCCACAUGGCCCAGCAGCCCUUCAUGGCUGCCGUGACUCAGCUGCAGAACUCACACAUGUACACACACAAGCAGGAACCUCCCCAGUAUUCCCACACCUCCCGGUUUCCAUCUGCGAUGGUGGUCACAGAUACCAGCAGCAUCAGUACGCUCACCAACAUGUCUUCCAGUAAACAGUGUCCUCUCCAAGCCUGGUGA